AUGUGUAAUAAUAUAGUAGGGAAGCAAUUUUAUAGGAUUAAGCCUAAAUUUGAUCUUCCAAAGGUUAUAAUUGAAAUAACUUUUUGGAAAUUACUUUAUGAUACGAAAUUAAAGGAUCUUAAAUACAAUGACUCAAAUAUUGAAAUUAUAGCUUUCUAUGAUACAGAAAAGAACAAUGUUAGAUUUAAUUCGAAUUCACUAAAUUAUUAUCCUAAAUUAUUGAAUGAUAAUAAUAAAGAUAUAAUACAUGGGAAUUUAUAUGUAUAUAAUUCAAUAGAAGAUCUAAUUAUGAAUUCAGAAAAUAUUAACAAUUCUAUUAAAUAUCUAAUUUUUCAGAAUAUAUCAAAAAUGUAUGAAGUAAUUGAAGAUAAUUCACAAAAAAUGUCAUAUUCAAGUUUAUUAUAUAUAUUUGACUUAUUGGUAUUUCUUGACUUUAAGAAUUCAGAAAUUUACUAUAAAAUAUGUUUUCCGUAUUUAUAUUAUACUAAAGAUAUUGAAUUAGAACAAUGCAAACAAAAUAACAAAUUACUUGGUAUAUAUUAUAAUCAAAAUUUAUAUAAUUCAUUACAUAAUAUGAAAUUACUAAAUAUGACAUCCUUAUUAAUAAGUAAUAUUGAAUCUAUGAUAUCUAAGAAGUUAAUAGCUAAAGAAGAAUAUUCUAAUGAUAUAUAUAUGAAUAUUCCUUGGUUUUAUUCAACUUUGUUAUGUUAUUUAAGAUUUAUGGAUAUAUACUUUAGUAGUGAUCUUAUAAGAAAUAUUGACAUUAAAGUUUUUCUAAAUAAUUCAUUAUUGGAAUUUCCUCUAUAUGAUUUGAUUUCAUGUAAUGGUUAUUUAAAACCACAUAAUUGUUUAGUAUUAGAAAAUAUAGAUAAAAAAAUUGACUUAGCUGAUAUUUUUAAUGUCAAUUUAAAAUGUUAUUUGGAUCCACUUACUAUAUCAAAAAAUAUGACAGAACUUAAUAUUGAAUUAAUAAAAUGGCGUCUUUUACCAAAUUUUAAGCCAGAUUCCUUAUCAUAUUUAAAAAUUUUAAUAAUAGGUAGUGGAACAUUAGGUUGUGCUAUUUCAAGAAUUUUGGUUGGUUGGGGAGUAAAAAACUUUACUUUUAUUGAUAAUUCUAUUGUUAAUUACAAUAAUCCAACUCGACAAUGUCUAUAUAUCUAUAAUGAUGCUAUUGAACGAAAAUAUAAGGCAUUAACUGCUGCUGAGAGGCUUAAAGAAAUCUCUCCUAAUAUUUCUAGUAAUGGAAUUGUACUCAAUAUUCCGAUUUUAGGUGAUACAACUGUAAAAUUAGAUGAAUUUAUUGAUUCUUGGUUUAAAUUAAAAUCAUUAAUAUCCUCACAUGAUGUUACUUUCUUGUUGACAGAUACCAGAGAAUCAAGAUGGAUGCCUUCAACUAUUAUUUCUUUAUUAAAUAGAUAUACAAAUAGCAAUUCAAAUUCAUCAAUACUAGGAUUAACUGUUGCAUUGGGAUUUGAUUCUUUUCUUGUUAUGAGGCAUACAACAUCUGGAAAAGAAAUUGUUACUACAAAUAUUUUACAAAGUGUUAAUGAAAAAAAAUUGAUUAAUAAUUAUGGAUGCUAUUUUUGUGGAGAUUUUUCAAUAAACUCAAAUUCUGUUGGCAUCAGGAAUAAACCUAUUGAUCAACAAUGUUCUGUUAUUAGAAUGGGAAAUAGUUAUAUAGCAUCCUCAUUAGCAGUAGAGCUUCUUGUAGCAUUAUCGCAACAUCCAUUAAGAUGGGACACAUACCAUAUCUCUUAUAAAGGGGCAAAUAAUGAUGAUGUAAAAGAUAUUACAAAAAGUUCAGAAAUAUCUUUAGAUGAAGAGAAUUAUGUUGGAUAUAUCCCACAAUGUAUCCGAGGAUUUAUUGAUAAAUUUUAUAUUGUGAGCUAUUCUACUCAAGUUAAUGAGAACUGUAUUAGUUGUUCUAAAUAUUUACUUGAUAAAUUAUAUAAUGAUGAAGUAAAUAUGUUAACAAAUAUAUGGAAAAAUCCAGAUUAUAUUGAAUCAAUAUGUGGUAUGGAAAGUUAUAAAGAAUCGUUAAAAGAUAUAGAAAUAGAACAAAUAAUAGAUAAUAGUGGAUUUAUAGAUAUAUUAAAUAUUAAAAAAUAA